AUGAAAUCGGAGAUGGAUCCUCUAACGGUUCAGAUUCUACCUGAAAUCCACCCAUCGCCGCCGUUUUCGCCAAUGUACACUUUCACUAAGCCCAAGCCAAAACCCACGAUAUCGAUUAUCAUGCUAAUCGUCACUUCUCUCGUUUCCGUGGCUAUCACGUUGGGUUUGCUCUAUGUUUUCUGUUCACUUCUCCUCCCCGGAAGUAGUGACUUCCGUUACAGCGUCGUUAUCGAUGCAGGAAGCUCCGGGAGCAGAGCUCAUGUGUUCAGGUACUGGAUUGAGUCCAAGAAACCGGUUUUCGAUUUCGGUGAGGAGAAUUACGCUAGCUUGAAGCUGAAUCCUGGUUUAUCGUCGUUUGCUGAUAAUCCGGAGGGAGUUAGCGUGUCAAUCACGCAGCUCGUGGAAUUUGCCAAAGGGAGAGUUCCUGAAGGAAUGUUGAAGAAUGGUGAAAUUAGGUUGAUGGCAACGGCUGGGAUGAGACUGCUUAACGUAACUGUUCAAGAACAAAUUCUAGAAGUUGCAAGAAGAGUACUUCGAUCUUCUGGGUUUCAGUUUCGAGACGAAUGGGCAUCGGUUAUUUCUGGAUCUGAUGAAGGUAUUUAUGGUUGGAUAACUGCAAACUAUGCACUUGGUUCACUUGGAAGUGAUCCUUUGGAAACAACAGGGAUUGUUGAACUCGGUGGUGCUUCUGCGCAGGUGACAUUUGUAUCAAGUGAGGUUGUGCCUCCUGAGUUCUUGCGUACUAUAUCCUAUGGAAAUGUUUCAUACAAGAUCUACACUCACAGCUUCCUCCACCUUGGACAGAAUGAAGCACAUAAAAGGUUAUGGAAAUCACUUCGCAACACAGCUGCAAACUCUACAAAGGAUGGAAUAGUUACUGACCCUUGUACUCCUAAAGGAUACAACCUCUACGAAAAUUCGCAGAAGGAUUCUUCUGGACUCUUAGCUGAAGAAAGUACUUUAACAGCCUCACUUCAAGCUGCUGGUAACUUCACAGAAUGCCGAUCUGCUACAUACGCAAUGUUGCAAAAAGGAAACGAGAAAUGUCCUUAUAAGCAUUGUUCAAUUGGAUCAACAUUCACACCUGAUCUUCAAGGACAUUUUUUGGCUACAUCAAAUUUCUACUACACCGCCGAGUUCUUUGAGUUGAGUGAAAGGGAUUGGCUGGCUGAAAUGAUUCCAGCCGGGAAGAGAUAUUGUAAAGAAGAAUGGUCGAAAUUGAAAAUGAAAUAUCCAGAAGAGAAAGAAGAAUAUUUGCUUGGGUUUUGCUUCUCAUCAGCAUAUAUUAUCUCAAUGCUUCACGAUAGUCUUGGUUUUGCUCUUAAUGAUGGAAGGAUCGAGUUUGCGAAUACAGCAGGAGAGAAAGACAUACCACUAGAUUGGGCACUGGGGGCUUUUAUCCUAAAUACUGACGCUGCGUACAAUGGUGUAUCUAGAAAAAUGUUUGGUUUCAGCCUUCAGUAA